UAUCUUCAGAACUCUCCGAUGACAGAGUAAGACGGCACAUAAUGUAUCCGUUGUUGGCGUUGAUGAUUCUGACGUCACUCGCGUCUAUAUGUCAGUCUGCAACAACGACAGAAGGGACGCUAACUAGGCCACCGGCACAAGAUGAUGAGGGCGGAUUAGACGACGGAGCUGUGGCCGCUAUCAUACUAGGGUGUUUAUUGCUAAUACUUAUUGUUAUGACCGUAGUUCUGUGUAUUCUUUACCAAAAAGGGUACAUAGGAAACAGGGAAGAGCAGGUGCUCCCGUAUUUCCCGGACAUUUAUACAACACCGGAAAGUUUACGACAGUACACAGACGCAGCGAUGGAACAGUCCUUUAAAAGCAGGAAACGCCGUUAUGUGGAAAAAGAACCAAUUAUUUAUAUAGAUGAUGAUAUUUACCAUCCACCAAAAUCCAGACCCUUGCCAACUGACGGAAAGACAGUUAAACGAAAUCCAGACUUUGUUGUGCCAAGUAAGAUACCAAAAUCACGCCGUGCACGACGAAAGACAUCACAUAGGAGAAGGUAUUCUGAGACUUGCCACUGUCAAAGGUCGUUACCAACUUCGCUGUCUUCUCACCGUAAAAUGACGUCACCCAAUUCGUUAUCAAUUACGUCAUAUCCGGAUGAUGCAGUUUUCAUUCCAGAAAAAGGAGGAAUGAAGUUUACAAUGUUUUAUGAAACCCGUGCGCCUUAUGGCGAUAGGAAAGCUUUGUCAAAGACAUUUUAGAAUAUAGAUCUAUAUGUACUUAUGAAGACUACAGUAUGGUAAUAAUCUGGUUACAUACUCUACCUUAUAUAGUGAUUAAUCAACUUACUGCAAGUUUGACGCUGAAAUGGACAGCAAAACUUGAGUGUGAAUAUAGUAUGCCUACUCAUAAAAAAUUUAGUAGAUCUAACUUACAUAUCUAGACUCUUAAUCUUGACUAAUCUAGAUUAUUGAAUGUAGAUCUAUGUUUAUUUUCAUCCUAAGAUCAUAUCUAUUCGUCUUAAGAAAAUUUAAUACUGUAAAAUCUAAAACAUUAUCUUCAUUAAUCAACAAGAUAUUUUAUCUAGAUGUAAAUAUAUGGUGCUUUAAUAGAUGAUAUUACAGGUGUACUUCUAGAUAUGAAUACUAUAGUAUGUAUCUUUUGUGAUUCAUGUUCUUUAUAUAGAUC